AAUAUCUUAUUAUUCUAACUAUCGAACUGCCUGCUGGUUUUUGCUUCUCUCUGUUAUCCAGGAUGAAGGUUAGUUUUAUCCUUUCUGGUUGGCGUAGAUGAGUUUCACAGGCAAAUAUGCUUAAGCUUAACUUAAAGAUCCUGCUCAACUAGUUUUUAUAUUGAGCCUAAUCCUUUGCUUGGGUUGGCUCAUUUCUUAGAGAACAUUUUCUAGGCAUUUCGCCUAGAAAUAAAAAUUGUAUUGAUACUAGGUAUCAAAAACACUUGAUUUUGAAAAGCAUAAAAAAAGGGGAAAAAAAAGAAGAAAAAAAAAAGAAGGAAGCUGAACAUGAAUCAAGUCAUAACUAGAAUUUGGCAAACAACACAUGUUGGAUACUCAUUUGGCAUUGUCAAAUUGGAAUCAUUAACCUCCAGGCAGAGGAAACAAGCAGCAUGCAAACCUAUAUAGUUUGGGUAAAACAGCCCGACGGGAAAUUAUUUUCAAAAUUUGAAGAUGUAGAGAGUUGGUACCAGACAUUUUCGCCAAAACCUCUUGCAGACUCAGACCGGCUGAUAAAAACACAAAUGAUUAAUGCAUACCAACAUGUGGCCAGUGCGUUAGCAGCAAAACUGAAACUGGAGGAAGUUAAAGAAAUGGAGAAGAAAGAUGGGUUCGUGUCCAGAGAGGAUUCUUUCUGCCUUUGCACACAACUCAUAGUCCUAACUUCUUGGGUUUGCAACAAGGAUUGGGAACUUUGGAAAUUGUGUAGCAUUGGCGUUACCAAAGCCAUUAUGUUAAAAAAAAAUGACAAAGAUAUUGUCCAAAAAAAGAAAAGAAAAGAAAAAAAACAGUUGUCCAAAAACAAAUAAAUGACAUAGAUACUUAACAUGCAGAGAAGUGCAGUAAGUGCUCAAGGCAGAGAAGCUUGAUGGCUAAAGGCAGAGAAGCUUGAUGAAUUUUCAACUUUGACAUUAUCAAUAUUCCUAGCAGCAGAUAAGAGACAAACUCAAGAUUCAAGAACAAAUUUUCAAGUAACAUUGUUUGGCAUAAGGUCCAUCGCUACUUUGUUAUUACUGUCUGACCGGCAGGCCUUUCUUUCCAGACCUCCCACACUUCCAUUCCGAUUCCCUUCUAGCAACCUGUUCAACAUGUUGCAACAAAAGCCAACUUUAAUGACCACAAAUCACCAUCGUCUGCACAAGAAAUGCCGGCAAAUUAGAAUCCACCACAAUCUCUUACUAUCUAUAUAUAGGAGCUUGAAAUGGUAAACUAACACCAAGCACCUUCACUUUCAACUUCUUUUUAGUCAAAAGAUGGAGAACAAAAAGUGUAUAGUGAUGCAGAUCAUAUACUUUCUUGGCUCUAGUUGCAUGUUUUACUUGUCACUAGCAGUUGCCGUCGAAAAUGUGGCAGUACUGGAACCACUAGCUGAGACAAAUAGCAUGCAAACUUAUAUAGUUUGGGUUGAAAAGCCACCCAGCAAUUUCCUUGCACAAUCUGAUCAUGAAGAUUUAGAGAGUUGGUACCAGUCAUUUCUGCCCCAAACAAUUGCAAACUCAAACCAGCUUAUGAAGCCACGAAUGGUUUAUGCAUACCGCAAUGUGGCCACUGGAUUUGCAGCAAAGCUGACCGCAGAGGAAGUUGAAGAAAUGGAGAAGAAAGAUGGGUUUAUCUCGGCUCAUCCAGAACGGAAUCUGCAAUUGCACACAACUCAUAGUCCUAACUUCUUGGGGCUGCAACAAGGAUUGGGACUUUGGAAAGGGUCAAAUUAUGGUGAAGGAGUGAUUAUUGGACUUUUGGAUACUGGGAUAUUCCCAGACCAUCCUUCAUUUAGUGAUGAAGGAGUACCACCUCCUCCAGCUAAAUGGAAAGGCAAGUGUGAUUUCCGCGGGACAGUCUGCAAUAACAAGCUUAUCGGCGCCAGAAGUUUUGAUGGUGGAAAGACUGCAGGAGGCCCUCCAAUUGACGAUGCAGGCCAUGGAACUCACACUUCAAGCACAGCUGGAGGAAACUUUGUGAAAGGUGCUGGAGUGUUUGGAAUGGCCACCGGCACAGCAACUGGCAUGGCACCUCAUGCUCACUUGGCAAUGUACAAAGUCUGCUCUGAACAGGGUUGUUUUGACUCGGACAUUCUAGCUGCUAUGGACACUGCGGUUGAUGAUGGUGUGGAUGUGCUAUCGCUCUCACUUGGAGGUGGCUCAGCUUAUUUUUAUGCUGAUGGAAUUGCAGUCGGUGCAUUUGGAGCAAUUCAGAAGGGAAUUUUUGUCAGCUGUUCGGCUGGAAAUGAGGGACCUGACUACAAUACUUUAUCAAAUGAGGCCCCAUGGAUUCUCACAGUUGGAGCAAGCACCAUUGACAGAAGCAUAAGAGCGACAGCAAAGCUUGGAAAUGGGCAAGAAUAUGACGGGGAGUCAGUAUUCCAGCCUAAAGAUUUUAGUUCAAAACAGUUACCUCUUGUUUAUGCAGGUGCACAUAGCCAUGAUUCAUCAGCUCUUUGCGAUGUAGGGUCCCUUAAAAAUGUUGAAGGGAAAGUAGUGGUGUGUGAGGUAGGUGGGGGAAUUGGAAGAAUUGCAAAAGGGGUAGAAGUGAAAAGAGCUGGUGGUGUUGCCAUGAUUCUUGUCAACCCAGACUUCGCUGGCUAUACCACCAUAGCAGACGCUCACGUGCUUCCUGCAACACAUGUGAGUUACUCUGCAGGGGUGAGCAUCAAAACCUAUAUAAACUCAACCUCAACUCCUACAGCAACAAUCUUUUUCAAAGGCACUGUCAUUGGUGAUCAGCUUGCUCCGAAGGUCUCUUUCUUUUCAUCGAGAGGACCAAGCCUCGCAAGUCCUGGCAUUUUGAAACCUGACAUUAUUGGUCCCGGUGUGAGCAUCCUAGCUGCAUGGCCUUUUUCGGUGGACAAUGCCACAGAAUCUAAAGCCACAUUUAACAUUAUUUCCGGUACUUCAAUGUCAUGCCCUCACCUAAGUGGCAUUGUAGCCUUGCUCAAGAGCUCACACCCUGACUGGUCACCAGCUGCCAUUAAGUCUGCCAUCAUGACAACUGCUGAAGUAAACAACCUCGCAGGCUCCGCCAUAAUGGAUGAAACACUUUUUGCAGCAGACCUCUUUGCCAUUGGUGCAGGUCAUGUUAACCCUUCAAAAGCAAAUGACCCUGGGCUCAUCUACGACACGCAACCAGAGGAGUACAUUCCUUACUUGUGUGGUUUAAACUACACAGACAAACAGAUAGCUGUAAUCACCCAAAAAUCAGUGAAAUGCUCUGAAGUAGGAGCCAUACCAGAAGCACAGCUAAAUUAUCCCACAUUUUCUCUCGUUAUAGAUCCUGCUGGGAAGCCUCAGAAGUACACAAGAACGGUGACGAAUGUUGGCCCCGCUAAAUCAACUUAUGAAUUAGCUGUUGUAAGUCCACAUAAGAUAGACAUCAGUGUGCAACCUGAGGAGUUCACAUUCACAGAGAUUAACCAGACAAUGACGUACCAUGUGGUGUUUACCGCACAAAAAGGUGCUGCGAAGGAUGGUAUAACAUUUUCUCAGGGAUAUCUGAGCUGGGUCUCUCGCCAGCAUUCUGUUAGAAGCCAAAUAUCGGUGAUCUUUGACACUUAGUGAAACGACAACUUGGACAUUGCUUAGGUUGAUGCAACAGGAGCACGAAGGUGAUGCGGGUAACCCAAAAGCUAACAUAUAUUUUUUAUUCUCUUUGAAAUAACUGAAUCAGAAUAAUUGUUUUCAAUUUGAAGUUCAAUGCAAUAAAGGUAAUAAUGAUGUUUUAUCUUUAGUUCUUUACUGGUUUUCAAAAAAGUGAAACUAUUGCAAGACAAAUUCACCAACUAUAGCGAACGAAAGAAGGCAUAGGGAAAAAAAAAACCAGACAAUUUUUCGAUUGUGCAUUGCAUAUUGCAUUUUUAGUGCAUCCAU